CCUAUGACCGACAUGCAUUUCAGCAAAACACUUUUUGGCCUCGGUUUUUCCGUGGGCAGUGCGCGUGGUGUCUCGGUUCUCACCGUUACCAAUCAGUGCUCAGAGAACAUCCACGUCGUCUACGGCAACGAGCAGUACAGAGCGGCAACCGUCAAUUUAGCAAGUAGAAAGGAUUUCGACGUCCUCCUCUCUGGUGAAGGAUACAGUGUUGGAUCCUCGACUGAUCUCAACUUCUACUCAGCAAAAGUUCCGAAACUGAUCUUUGGUUUCUCCGGUAAUACUGCAAACGGCUUGCUAUAUUAUAGUAUUGCUGCAGAUUAUGGCAAUCCGUUCACCGGGCAGUCGUUUGCUCUCACAGGCGACAACAGUCAAUGCACGCCGGUCACCUCGCCUAACAGAGUAACCUAUGCUUGCUCGGAUUCUUCUAGCUUCACGUUUGUUGCGUGCGGCUGA